GGAACCGUAAAUCCACUACGGAUGGGGCGGCGUAGAGGUAGCUGCCGCCGGCGGGGCGUAUUGGCUCCAACCGCGGGGACAAUGUUUGUAAGCUUGAUUAUCUUACUGUUGAUAUUUGGUAUGCCAUUUUCAGUUAAAAGGAUGUGAAAGGAUUGCCUGGUCAAGGAGGAUUAUUGAUUUAUUGUAUGCGAAUCACCGUCUAGUUGUUGAGAUUCCUAUGCUGUUUGUCAGGAGCACGCAAAUAUGCUGAAUGAAAGACGUCGUUGAAGCUGAACAUAGAGCUAUGCUAUAGCAGUGAACUGUGGCUUGUUUUUGUUAGUAAUUUUCGAAAAACGGGUUGAGAAUCAAUAUAUAAACGAAAUUUAUAGCUUUUUGUACACUUUCCAAAGGUUAUGAUUUGCCCUAUUGUGUUUUACCCGAAUACAAAUUUACCCUUGGAUGAUCUAAAUGAUGCAUGCUGAUUGAGCGCUCAAAAGGCCCAAGACAUUUAUAUAUUAUAUCAUGUUCGUAUUCAUUUUUUGCAAUGAAUGUAAAGUUGGUUGAUUUCUCCUCAGCAAUUUAUUUAAAAUUUUUUAAAUAAAUUUCUUGUUUGAUCUAAUUGUGAUUCCUUUUAUUUUGUAAGAAAAAGUUUCAAUUUUAAUUUUCCUUGUAUCUUUUCUUGUUCACAUUGGAAUAUCUUAUUGAACUUGUGUUGGCUCAUGAUUUAUGCUGGUAAGUUAAACUAGGAUGUUCAUAUCUGCCUUUACAGUCAUAAUUCUUAUUUUUUACUAUUUCUGAACUUUUCUAUGCAAGGAUUUAAUUCAGUUUAUUAUGCUAGCAUCAAUCAGGCUACAAAAUUUGGAGUUUAUGAUCUCUUUGUAUAUUAGAUUACUAAUAAAAGCAAGUUUUCCUUUUGCAGAUGGUGUUGGCAUAUGCUAUCCUUGAUUUCAUUUUUACUAACAUAAUGACUAAAUUCCUCGGACGUAUUAUUCUGUGUCUCUUUUGAUUUGUUGUCAAUUGGCUGUUUGAUGUGACACAGUUUUGUAAAUAGACAAAUGAUUUAUGCUCUUUUAGAGUGCUGUUCCUUUUAUUGUCUAUGUAAUGUUCUUGUAGUUUCAUUUCUGGUAUCGUACUCAAAGUCAUUGAUUUCAAAAGUGCAUUUUGUACUCUAGAUGGUGCUAAAUUCUUGAUAUCUCAUUAGAAUUCUAUUUAAUCAUGUUUUCUUAUGGUUCAUAUUCGUCUUGCCCUGUAUUUUCUAUUGAAUUGGGCACUUUUCAUCCGAUGGUUCAUCUUCCUCUUGUAUGUUGCAUGCAACUUCUUGCCUAUAUGUUUGUGUAACUGUCCUUGCUAUCAUGUGCUUUUAGUAGGGUUUAGAAGUUUUUUCAUUAUGUUCAUUUCAUGUUUGAAGUUUCUCUAUUUUAUCAAUUUAUAUGUGUUGUUUCCGUGCAACAUGCAUUAUUAGUUGUUGCUAAUUUUGCUCUUAUUUGGAUAAUGCAAGUAGGUCGUUUGAGAUAGAUUUCCAUAUAACAUUCAAAAGAAAAUAGUUAAUAAACAUUAACUUCAAAACAGCAUGUUAUUGGCAGAAACGCCACAUUUGGAUGCCUGUUGUCUUCAAUGAGUAUCCUAGUGUAGCAUUGUUGGGCUGGGAGGUGAUUCCUUUCAUUUUUCAUAGUCCUAAUUGUUUGUUUAAUGUGAAUACAGGUCUUCAUCGUCCCCAACCGAAGAACAUACUUUCAGUCAAACAUUUUGUCACACAAAUUUCUGUUAUUGAAAUUGUCAGGUGAAACAUUAUCCAGUGCUUUCCUGGAAAAGAGUGAGUGUACAUUACUAUUCUUCAACUUCAAUUCCAAUUUGCAUUCUGUUUUCUGCGCAUGUUUAUGAUCUCUCCAUAUUGCAUGCUGUAUUCAAGAAAAGAAUAAUGUAAAGAGUUGUCUCCCAAUUGAAGCAGUUAGGCUGAUGAACUGCCUGUUAACUUGAGGUAUCAGAUAAAAAGAAUAUAAGGAAGCAAUUUAUGGAUCAGGACUUCGGUGAUUGAAAUAAUAAGACUAAUAAGAUAGCUUGAAUCAAUCAAGAACUAAAAUUUUUUAGAUUCAGGCAGUUAACAUGAGUUCAUUACAAAGAAUUCUAGGGAGUAAGUUUUAUAGUGUAGGCUUUAUUAUAUUUCAUAGGUGUGCUUUUGAUCUUUUAUAUGGUUUCUGAACUUGAUUUUGUAAUAUCUAGUUUUGGAAGGUUGUAAAGUUAAUCAAUUGACCUUUGAAAAAAACCAGCAUUUGUACUGAUUUGUAUGCAUAUACACUUAUACAAAUCUGAUCAAGUCCAAGCCUGUAUGGGGAAAUUUUUUAGUGAAUAUAUACUUCAAUCUUCUUGUUGGUAAGUAUCCAUGCUCGUUGUUAAUGCAACUGUGAUCAUAUCUGAUGAAGUUUGUCGAAAUAUCAACUUAAAAAAUUGAUGGUAUGAGUAAUUGAUGGAAAUGCUGUAAUGCCUGAUAAUAGAUUCACAAUAUUUCGACCGUUUGUUUUAUGUAACACAUUUAAACUAGAAGACAUACAGAAAAGAAAGAGUGGGAGACAGAGAUUCAGAAUUUUCGGAAUAAAGAAGGAAUACAAAUCGCCUCACAAUUUCCAUUGCAAUUGAGAAAAAAAAAUCAUGAAUACAAAUACAUGCUGAAGAUUAGUGUAUAGAUGGAAAACUUCAAUGAGGUUCUUUGCCUUCUGAUAUUACACAAUUUUAUUGUGUAUUUUAAUAAUAUCUGUUUUUAUUGUGUCAGUUCAUCUCCGUCGUUGACCUUGGCUCAUUGUUGAUGAGCAAAUAUUAAUAUAUCAUUUUAUAAAAUCAUUUACAAAUCUACAAUAGAUAGCAAGUGGUUGGUAAAUUUUAAAACUUUCAUGUGUGUUUAUCUGGCAAUUAAUUAUAUCGGUGCGUUUCCAUUGAAACGUCCGUCUUAGCGUUAGGUUGGCUGGCACCCUUUCACUGCUUGCAUUCACACUAGCGCAAACAUUUGUCUAUUUAAAUGCUGCUGUCAUCUAUUCUUUGUGAAUAAGUUUUCGACCUUCGGUGAUAUCGCCUCGGCUUUCUUCUUGAGUACAAGGCAAUCAAGGUAAUCAUGUACUUGCCUCUAACAUUUUACGAUACAGUUGUUUGAGAAAACAUAAUAUCUGUCAUUGAAGGAAAUAAUCAUUUAUCUGUUGUGACUCUGCUUAAGUUUUUCAUUAAGUUUUUGGUUCAUUGUUCAGUCAUGGGAUUUGUUGGUAUGUUAUUUAAACUGGGAUUUACGGAUCUGUCUUCAUCAGCUUCCUAUAGUUUGUCUCUAUUUCAAAACUCUGGUGCAAGGAGAUCUGGUAUCGAAGGCCAUAGUUGUCAAUGGUGCGCCAUAGCAAGAAGCGCACCUGGCAGCCUCGGCGCCAGUCUCCAUUUCUCAGCACAUGCCUUCAGUGAGGCUUGCGUCACUUGUCUAACCGUGGUUUUGUGGCUUUGAUAGAUUGACAUUCCUAAACCAAACUUGACUUGUUUGUUUUCAUACCUUGCUGCUGUCUUGCUAUUAUCCUUGCUUAUUGAUUUGUUAACAAACGUUUUAGAAUUAAAUAUCUAUUUCUAAACCGACAUCUGAUUUCUAUUUAUAUUAGUACUUUAGAAUUUAUAUGCAUUUUUAUUAAAGUUGAUUUUAGCAUUUUUAUGCUUCCUUCUAUAGGUGCUGCUAUUAGUUCUGAGCAAAUAUAUUCAAUGUAUCUUCUUCUUUUUUCAGCUAAUUUCCAGCGAAUCUUCAGUAUUUAUUCAGAGCAUACCUGAGAUCCAUAAUGGUUAACACUAGAAAUCGUGUCUCAAGAACUCAUGUGUCUCAGCGUAGCAACCUCUUGGACAAUGAGAUCCUAGAAUCCAGAAAGUUCGUUGAACAAGAUUCAGAAAUUCAAUGGUCUAAUGCGUCUUGGGUGUGCGGUGAGAAGCUGAAGCACUACAAUUCUUUUCUCCAGAAAGGAAUUUCCAUAUUUAUUUGGUCUUUCGUGUGCGUUUGGGGGGAAGAUAACAAAAGCUACAUUGGCUAUGUAGAAGAUCUGUUUGAUAACCGGAGAAUGGAGAAAACAGCCCUUAUCCGCUGGUUUCUUCACAGCGAGGAUGUUGAAGGCCGAACCAUCCUCAAGAUGCAGCCCGAUCCACAAGAACUGUUCAUUACUUAUAAUGUGCAGGAGAUCAGUGCCAAAUGCAUUGAUGGUCUGGUUUCGGUACUGACCCCCAGCCACUUCAAGAAAUGCAACGAGGUAUUUCCGCAACAUACAUUGCUCAACUGUUUCUUUUGCCACCGAGAAAUCAAGAGCAACAGUGUGAGCAAGUUUUGUAUGAGUAAGCUACGUGGAUACGCCAAGCAGCAUCAUGUGGAACUUCUUACCGGGAUUUACACUGACGAAGGACACGAUCAAACCGAACAAGGUGACCCCUCUGCACCUCGAGGACUAAAAAAAUCCAAAAUUAAUAAUAAUUUCAGGAUUCAGCAAACCCGCGAUAUAGAGCCGCCUCAACCUGUUCGUGUGCAAGAGCGUCUCCCAGCUUGGCAUGUCGGUGAUCAUGUUGAGGUACUUUCUUUCGACAGCGGUAUGAGAGGCUGCUGGUUAAGGUGCAAGGUGUUAAGAAGGUCGCCGAGGUUCCUGUAUGUCCAAUACUAUGAUGUUAUCAACUCCGGGGAGUCUCAGAAAGUCGAGCAGUGUGUUCCUAGGGAGAGAGAAGCAGACCCCGACGAACUGGGCAUCAGAAUUUCCGGCCGUCUGAACGUCCGGGCCUGGCCUAACUGGAAUUCUUCAAAUGCAAGUCUUAGUGUAGGUACAGCGGUGGAUGCGUGGUGCGGGGAUGGGUGGUGGGAAGCAAUCGUGAUCGGAUGCGACCCGUGCUUGAAUAAUCAAAUACAGCUCUUCUUCCCGGGGGAGAAAAAGUUUCAGUCUGUCGAUAGGAAAGAUAUCAGGAUCGCCAAGGAUUGGGUGAACAACUACUGGGUGGACAUCAACCCAGUCCCCGACAUUCUCGCCUACUUGACAUCGCUGAUGAACCCUCCGCGGCUACCGGAGCCCCCCACCGCCCCCCGAUCUGAGGCGGCAGCGUAGAAGGCCGCCGACAGCAAGGGCCCUGCCCCUCAAGGGCCCGCCGAACGUAUGGAAGAGAAAUCGUCACCGCUUUCGUCACCAUGUCUUUCCAACUUCCAUUGACUUGACUGCUUUAGCUGAUACUGAUGACGUGAUAUGAUGUCGAUGAUGACGACAUGAAGAAGUACUUCGGACUGCGUUGGAUUGAUUAAAUGUUUUAUGUAUGAUAAAAAAAUUAAGGUGAGCUGAGCCCAUAGAAUAUUUGAUGCUAUAUAGUAAAAAUAAUUUUUUUUUAACAAAAAUAAAUAUAUUUGAAUUAUAUAUUUUUUUUUU